AUGUAAAGCAAAUAGAAUCAUUUGUAUUCAUUGUCUCAUAAGAGUUCUAAAAGUGAAUGUAUUAAAACUGCAUUCAUAGACUUAAACUAUUCAAUACCAUGUAUAAACUGCGAUUCUUUUAUUCCAAUAGCUGAUGUUGAUAAACAUACUUAAAACUGCUAAUUCUAUUAAUCUACUCAAAGUUCUUAACUUAAAGAUUUAACAGCAAGCGAGGAAACUGAUAUUAAGAUCAAAAAACUAAGAUUAUCAAUACUAAUUUAAGCUAAAUCAGAAACAAAUCUAAACAAUAAAAAAUAUCUAAUGAGAGCAGAAGAGCUUUGCACUUAACUACUUAAAUUGUAGAACUUUGAUGAAAAAGAAUACAGAAAAGUAUUAGAUAUUAUAGAAGAGAUAAAAAUGAUAACUGAGUCAUAUAAAGGAAUAUUGUUUAUUCAAUUAUUUUUGGAAAGAUUGAACUCUUUGGCAUUAGUUAAGUCAUAGAAUAUGAAAUCUUUAGUAAAAGAAAAGUAUUAAUUAGUAAACAAUUAAUAAUACUAAGAUAUUGAUAAUUAAUCAUUUAAACUUUUGACACAUUCAGAUAUGUAAGAUUAAGUAUAAUAAACUCAUGGUUAUUUAUUUUCAAAUACCACUAAUUAUUUGAGAUAAAAUUUGAUACUUAGAAAGAAUCAAAUUACAAAAAUCUCAAGUGAACACCUAAAAAAAUCUUAGUUUGAUAUAAAGGGUGAAAUUUUGACUUAAAUGUCUAGUUCAUAAUGCGAUGAAGAAAUUCAGGGAACUAAGGAUAUUUAAAGUUUUAAUAAUAAUAAUUAGAGAUUAUUUUAUUAAAAAUGUUUGAAUGUUAAGGCAUAACUAUCUAAUAAUGAUCCUGCCUAAAAAGUUCCUCUUUGUAUUCUAUAUAAAGAAGUUCUCAACAAACGACUUCCUAUUAAUUAAUGGGAUUAAUUUAUUUAAUCUGCUUUCGAUAAACCUUAAUAAUAUUUAGAUUUUAAAAAAUUGAAUGUGCUGAGUUAAACAAAUAAUUUUUAAAAUUCAAUUAAAUAAUUUACCAUCAAUAGUAAUUUCAAAGAUAGAUAUAGAAACCUUAAACAAGUUUGA